ACACACACACACACACACACACACACACACACACACACACACACGCCCACACACACACGCCUGCCAGGCUGCCUGAACAGAGAGCGCCCCGUCUGCUUCUCUCGCACGAGUGCCCGCCUACAUCUGCUGCGCUGCGCUGCGCUGCUGAGCCGCACCACCCAGAUCUCGGCUGUCGGCGACCUGUGCCAGGAUGCCUACCGAGAACAGGAAGCGCGGCCGCCGCGAGGAGAAGAAGCGCAAGCGCGACGAAAAGGACGCCGACCCGCUCGCGAAGCGCUCCAAGCGGGAGGGACUCGUCGAGGACAUCCUGCAGCAGUUUGACGACGCCCAGCAGCAGCAGCAGCAGCAGCGCCACCAUGUCGACGACCAGGCGCCCUUCCAGGACGAGGCCAUUGACGGCGUCACCCGCCCCGCCGCCAUGCCCUUCUACGGCAUGCUCGACGACGACGAGCAGGAGUACUUUAAGCGCGCCGACGAGAUGCUCGAGCUGAACCACUUUGACAGCGCCGACGAGCGCUCCCUGUUCCUCGCCAGCGUGUGGAAGGAGGCCGACGGCAAGGAGCUCAAGAUCGCCAACAGCCAGUCCUGCUCGCGUCUGAUGGAGCGCCUCAUCCUGCUGUCGACCCCGGCCCAGCUGAAGCGGCUCUUCCAAAAGUUCAGCUCGCACUUCCUCCACCUCGUCCAGCACCGCUUCGCCUCGCACUGCUGCGAGGCGCUCUUCAUACACGCCGCCCCCGUCGUCACCCAGGAGCUCGCCAGCCCCGACCUCGUCCUCGCGCCCUCGUCCGACCCCGAUGCCGUCGUCGUCUCCAUGGAGAACCUCUUCCUGCUCACGCUGGCCGAGCUGGACGAGCACCUGGGCUACCUCCUGACCGACCGCUUUGCCUCACACGUCCUGCGCGUGCUGGUCGUCGUCCUGUCUGGCUCGCCGCUGGAGAAGCAGAGCAAGUCGGCCAUGCAGAGCAAGCAGAAAGAAAAGGUCGCCGUCGCCGGUGCAGACAAGGCCGAACUGGCGCUGGAGCACCGCCCGAUCCCAAAGUCGUUUGAAGAAGCCCUCGAAAAGGUCGUGGACAGGAGCGUCUCGGGCCUCGACUCAAACUACCUCCGCACCCUGUCCACGCACCCGCUCGGCAACCCGACCCUGCAGAUGCUCCUCAAGCUGGAGCUCAAGCACUUUGGAAAGUCCCGAGCAAAAGACGAAAGAUCCAUCAUCCACAAGCUGCUGCCCGACGACCCCAUUGCCGAGGGCACCGAGAGUGCGUCGUUUAUCAACGGCCUCGUCUACGACCCAAUCGGCUCCCGCCUGCUCGAGACGAUCAUCGAGAACGCGCCCGGGAAGCUGUUCAAGACCAUGUACGCCGAGUUCUUCCAGGAGCGCAUAGGAAGCCUGUCCCGCAACGAGAUUGCCGGCUAUGUUGCAGGGAAGAUACUCGAACGCCUGGGCAAGGACGAUCUCGCAGACGCCAUGCGCCAGAUUGUGGACCAGAUCCCCAACCUCGUGGAGCGCAACCGGACUGCCAUUAUCAAGACGCUCAUCGAGCGCUGCUUUGUGCGCGACGUGGACAUUCUCCCGCUCACAAAACAGCUCGAGCUGGCAUACAGCGGUCCCAACGGAUUUGAAAUCUCUCGUAUCCUCAAGCUCAGCGACCCCCAGCCUGACGACGCCAAGGCCAGCGCCAAGGUCCACGGCAAGUCUGACCACUCGCCGGAGAAGGUUCACGGCUCGCUUCUGGCGCAGGCCAUGAUGACCGUCGACGGCCCGCUCGGCAACCUCAUCUUCGACUCGCUUGCCAGCCUCUCAACCGAACUUGCGCUGAACCUCGCUCGCGACCCUACAGCGUCGCGCACGCUCCAGGCCGCCCUCAACUGCAGACAUGCAUCCGUCAUCUUCCGCCGGAAGAUGAUCCAGCAGUUCUACGGCCACGUCGGCGAGCUUGCACUCGACCCAUCAGCGUCGCGCGUCAUCGACGCUAUUUGGGAAGGCACCCACGGACUUGCCUUUAUUCGCGAGCGCAUCGCCGAGGAGCUCGCCGAGAACGAAAGCGCCCUGCGCGAGUCGUUUGUUGGCCGCGCAGUCUGGCGCAACUGGCGCAUGGACCUCUACAAGCGCAAGCGCGCAGACUGGGUCAAGCAGUCACGCUACACAGCUGGCAACGACGGCUUCCAGUCCUUUCCAGAGAGCAACGGCGCCACAGAGCACACGCAGCCCGGCAGGCACCUGUCGGCGCUCGAGCGUGCACGUCAAAAGCAUGCGGCCGCCAAGACGGCCGCCCUCAAGAAGAGCGAGCCAGCAUCCAAGAAGCCGGGCCGCAAAGAGAAGAGCGUGGCCACGGGCAGCAACAAGACUGAGCAGGCGGGAAAAGCAACCGUCGUGGCGCAAUAAGGCGCCCGGAUCGCGCCUCGUACAGUGUUGGCGCGGUUUAUCCUCGCUUCGACGGUAGUAGGGGAAAAAGGCGUUUUUGUUUGCGGUUCACUCCCGUGUACUUCCACUUUUGGGCGUGGGUGGGUCCGGCCACAUGCUUUCUGAUUCGAUCUCUAGAUACCUUUAGCGCAUGAUGAGAAUUCUGCCGUCUCGGUCUGUCGGCGGCGGCGGGUUUAGUAUGGAACAAUGAAGAUGUCACUUGUA